AUGAAGAACUUUGACGACGAAGAUAUCAGGAGAGUGUUAGAGGAGUCUGAUGGUGAAGAUUCACUGUUCAAUGUGUAUGACCAUGAGGAAAUUGUCGAGGACGAUGAUGUGGACAUUGAUGAACGUGAAGAAGAGACAGUCGAAGCAAUCGCCAGAGAGAUACAACAUGGUGGAGAAAUGGGUGAGUCUGCACACUCUGAAAUACUUAGUGGACAACAUGAAAAUGUUGAAAUACCAGACAGCCUCAUCACCAUCAGUAACCCAACAAAUGUAUCUUCACGAACGUCGAGGUCAAGACGAAUACAAUCACAAGUGUCUCUUGACUCCGAGUGGCAGGUAGUUGUAAAAGAUUUAUCGAGAAAACCUUUCACAGGGCACGACGAACCAACUCGCCAAAAUCUGCUUUUCGAUGUAAACACAGAUCUUUAUACAAUUUUCCGAAAAAUUGUUGAUGAUGAUGUUCUAAAACUAAUGGUGCAACAAACAAAUUUGUAUGCCGCGCGGCUUUUACAAGAACCGGCAAAGCCACACAGUCGCAAAAAACGAUGGUCAGAUGUCGACGAAUCAGAAAUGCUAAAAUUUCUUGGUGUAAUUCUACUAAUGGAUCUCUGUGGUACUCUAAAUAAAAAAAGGAGAGGUAUACCAAAAGAUGUCACAAAUGCUGCUUUGCAAGUAGGAGAAAUUGCCGUCAAACAAAAAAAUGAAAAUAUCAAUGUUCUAAAAUGGAAAGACAAGCGAGAUGUUUGUAUAUUGUCGACUUGUCACGGCAAAGGACUAUCUAUGACGAUAGCACGCACUCCAAAGCUGAAGCCUGAUAUGAUACUUACCUACAACAAAGCUAAAAAAGGAAUAGACAUUGCUGAUCAACUGUCCAGUUACAACACGCCUGUUAGAAAAACGUUAAUCUGGUACAAAAAAGUUGCAAAGGAUUUGUUGGCCAUAGCAGUGAUAAACUUUAUGAUAAUUUUCAAUGAAUUACACCCUAAAAAAAAAGAAAGGUACACUGUUUUGGCGUCAAAUGAAGCAAUUGUGAAGAGAUUAUUGCAAAUUGAACCUGCUCAGUAG